AGUACAGUGUAAGAUUAAUUAGUUUUGUGUCUGACAUGGCCAUGGGAACCAAUUAUUUUCUACGUCAAAUCCUGAUAUUAAUUGCAUGUAUGUCCAUACGGCAGUGAUAACUGAAGCGUCCUUUGGUGAGAACUAAGUGCAUUAAAGAGUAAUGUUCUGAAUCUCUGAUAAUCUCAUUUUCUGUUUAUUUAACAUUAUAGCCAUGGAAUCAAAUAUGACAAAUAAUCUAACGCCGGCAAUAAAAGGAAAGCUCUUUUCUAAUCCCAACGAAGACGUGAACUCAGAUGAUGCCACAUGGAUAUUAACAAGUGCUUUCAUAAUAUUCACCAUGCAGUCUGGAUUUGGGCUGUUGGAGUCAGGGUUAGUGUCGCGUAAGAACGAGGUUAAUAUUAUGGUAAAGAAUGCAGUUGAUGUCAUAUUCGGCGGCUUGGCCUACUGGCUAUUUGGUUUUGCUUUGAGUUUUGGUGAGGGAUAUGGAUCAAAUGCCUUCUCGGGAAUGGGUAUGUUCCUUACCGAAGCCAACGAUAACGAGCGCAUGGGUUACAUAUACUCCAGGUAUUUCUUUCAACUAUCAUUUGCCACCACAGCUACAACAAUUGUGUCUGGAGCAAUGGCAGAAAGAACCAAUUUGAAAGCUUACACGGCAUUCUCUUUCCUGAAUACACUGACUUACUGUUUUCCAGCACAUUGGGUGUGGGCUGAAAACGGAUGGCUGAAAGAACUAGGUAAGUUCAAUAUGCAUUUCGACACGCAAAUUAAGUGCCUUGUGAUAUACUACUCAUCUGAUAACGAAUCAACGAAAUGUUAUUAUUCGAGUUUUGCAAAACAAACAGCUGUCCCUGUAUAUGCUAACUUCCCGACGAAGGAGAUAUAUAAUUCGCUCAAAACGUCGAAGCUCUGCUUAUAUUUUUCAGGCAGUUGCAUAUCUUUGACAUGCACCGCAGCUGUUUGCUACCGCCUUUAUACUUACACUGCCAUGCACCGCGACGGUUCGAGAUUAAUUUUUAAAUCACAACUUACCUUCUAUGGUUGUUUAUUGAAGUUAGCCGGUUGAGACGUUAGGAAGCGAAAAUUACAAGGGCCGGUUAUUCGAAAAUCUCCGAGGUCGAUCGGUUGGAAAAAACCCUGCAUGGGAUCGGUGGGGAAAACUUAUUUACUAGACGUUUAGUUUAUUGUGUACGGUUUGUCACGAAAGCCAAUUGCAAAUUCAUUCUGUAUUGCAUAUAAGACAAUUUUUUUAUCUAAACUAUACUUCAUCAGCAAGACUAACUUAAGAAAUAAUUAAAGAGCAGCUAUAUCCAGAAAAAUAUCCGUUUCCAUAAAUAUUAUUGUGACGAGGUUUUUAUGCUAGCUUUACACGGACAAAUUUCAUUUAGACUGGCAGCCUCACCAGGUUCCCCGUUUUACUCUGCAAUAAAUAAUUAUUUCAUUCAUGAUCAACCCGACUCACCAGGUUCCCGCAAUUUCAUUCAGCCGGCGGGCUAGUCUGGUUUUCAUUAGACUUUCCCAAAGUCCUCAAGUUCCUCAAGUUCGUCUUUGCUUCGAACCGAAGGAAUUUUCGAGGAAGCGCUCGCGGUCCCUCACUAACAGUAAACAGUGCAUGGAGGUCGACUUGGACUCUUGGAGUAUAGUCUAAGUUUUGAUGUGAAGUAUAAUAUUGUUUUGUAAAGUAGCCUAAAUUAGUAUGCCAGGCUCCCUGUUUAAUUAACCAUGUCAGCUCAAUUUAUCCGGAGUUUUGUAUUCUGUACUGAAUACUCAGUGUUUCAUGCAGAUUUUGUUUGUAGGCGGAAAGAAAUGACACGUACGCGACAGAUGCAUAUAUACAGUACUGAUAAUUAUCAGAUCAUAUCUAGUUGGCGUCGUGUUAUUUUCGACAUUUUAUUUUAAGUAUACAUGCAGGUGCAAACAAAUAAUUAUUUCUAUAACGUGGUGCAUAUAAGAACCCAAUGCCUCUGUGCUUGUUCGACUUGCAAUGUUCGAGCAUUUUAGUUUGAAUUAAGCUAAGCAUAAAGCGGCACUCCUAUAUUAAAUCUAUUUUGCUUCCCGAAGGUCUCGCCUCUAGCGGGACAGAUGUCUCCGUGUGGCAGUUAAAUUAAGCGUUUUUCUGAUACGGCGUAUACGCACCCACGCACGUAAAAGUUUAAAUCCAUUUAAAUUUCACUAACGAAAUAACUGAAUAACUAAAAAGACAGCAUUUAGUUUCCUGUGUGAGUUAAUGUGUAUGUGUUCAGGUAGGUAUGAAAUUUAAUUAGAAAGAUGUAUGAAAAACGCUUUAUUACCUGGAAAGCAGACAUAGCUAGCUGUAGCGGCCCCAUUCACAUGAACUGGGACGAAGUUAAACGUCGAAUGAAAGUUGAAAGUUUCAGUAUAUUCAUAUGAGACCGGUAUUAAAAUUACAAAUCUUUUAAUUCAUCUUGCCCGAGUCAGUUUCUAUUUUUACAGUGCUUUUUUGUGCAUGCAUCUGCCUCGUACCCAGGCGCUUUAAAUAAUUACAAUACAUGAAGUAUUCAGGUAGGCAGGCGACGCGCGAAGGGGCUGUUGGGAAGGGUGCGUGCUGGGGAGCGCCUGGCAGUUCUUGUAUACUGUCAUGGCGGGAAAACAUGGAAUUUAAUACAAAAAGUUACCAUAUCGUCAUAUACUCUGUGUGUAAAACCUUACUUUGUGACGAAGAGUUGAAUUGAACGCCAUUGGCAAAUAAUAAUAAAUUUGUAGAUAUUCGAUGACAUGCGAAAUGCGCGAAAAAUUAUGAGUAAAUAACAUGGCAAGUUAACCGUGCGAAUAUUUCGAAUAUGUCAUUCGGUAUUACAUGGAGAAUAAUAGAAUGCUAUCAGUUGCUUAGUAUAAAACAGUAACAGAGAAAUGAUUAGAAAGUCAUAUAAUUGCUUUUGUAUUAACAACUUCUUUAGCUGAAGGCUCGAUCGGUCGAUCACAAUGCCAAUGGCAAUUUCUAUUAAAUGUAUACUGUAAACAAAAGCCCAAGUAUAAAAUAGAAGUUCACAGCCGUAAAGUUUGAAAUAUUUAAUACAACAGUGCAAUUUUAUAGUCUGUACCUUUAUAUAGUUAUCAUAGAUAUCUUAUAUAAACUAGAUAGCGCAUCUCUUUUAGUAAAAUUGAAGCCAAGAAUAUCCCAGCGGUUACCCCCAUUUGAAUAGAUGGCGGCCAUAUUGGAGCUUCCCACUCGCUAAUAAACGCUCAAAAAAUAACAAUAACUUUCAUCAUUUGAAUAGUUUGAAAAUGUAUUUAUAAUAGGAUUAACUUAAUGUUUAAGUUCCCUGUUUAAGAAAUAGGAUACAUACGAAUCUUCUCAUUUCAUGGGAAGAUCCUGAGCCUGCAAUUACGGCUUCAAUUUUUGAAUUACAGAAUAAUUAGAUGCGCUAUCUAGUGUAUAUAAGAUAUCUAUGAUAGUUAUAGAUUACAAAUCUAGUUCCUGCAAGUCUAGUUCUUCAACGCUUCGGUUGUUGACAUGUUAAUAUUGGAAUUUCCAUGGACUUUAAAUAAGGCAUAUGUCAUAUAUACCAAGAAUAACAGCAUGAAUUCACGCCCAGAUGACAGAAGAAUAUUAACAUUAGUCAAUUCAACAAAAACAAGUAGCAAAAAAUCGUAAACGACAACGAAAUAGCACAACUUGCAGGAAAUCGACUUUCUUGCAAGAAAUCGAUCAAGAACUGCCAGGCGUCUCGCAGUUCAAGUGCACUCUUCCCAUCAGCCCCUUCGCCAUCUCUCCCCACUACAAUACUUCAUGUAAACUCGUCAUAUGCGCAUCACUGUUUUUUAACCAAGAGACGCCAGGGUACGAGGCAGUGCAUGCAUUGUAAUGAUCGCCAAGACCAAGAGCACAUGCAACGGGAGCCGGUCUGAAAUGUAUUAAUUUGUGUUUAUACAUUCAUCUCGCUCUGAAUUCAUCCCGCUCUGAAGCUAUAGUAGGUUUGGUCCAGCGAGCGGGAUGAUUUCAGACCGGUCCGAGAAUUUUUCGUCCCGAUCUCAUGUAAAAAUCUAUUAAAAAAUAAUAUUAUAUGGCUUUGCAGAAUCCUGGAUUCUGAUUGGUCGACGUGCGGUCCGUAAAAUGCGUAUCCGGACCGUGGUCCGUAUUUUCCCGUAUCCGGACCGGUUUCCCGUAUGUCAAUUUGACAGGCUCGAAUUUGAAACGUUUUUACACGUUUAUAAGGACGUUAUGUGAAGAAAAAGUAUCCUUGGAUCAUUUUUAAGAAUAAGAAGUCUUGGAAAUAUUAAUAAGUACUUGUACGAACACAAAUUUCAUCGAAAAAGCUAAGAAAACAAGCCGCUUGAACUCUUACUGGAAACCGUACGUUUUGGCGGGAAAAUUUUUUGAUUUGUUUUAAUUUUGUUUCAAAAAAUAAAUAAAGAUGAAUUUAACGUCUUUAAACCAUAUUCUAAACAAAUAUCAUAUAAACUGGGUUUAUAAGCAUUUUUUCUGGGGGUAGGCGGGUUAAAAAGUAGUUCUAAAGCGAUUGUUAAACAUGCUUUUCCGUGUUAACAAUAUUCGGUGACGAAACCAAAUCUAAACGAAGAAAACUAGCAAAUAAAACAUGGCUCAAAAAUACCUUUAUAGCGCUCAAACAAAUAUGAAAAUCAGAAAAUGUGUUUAAGGAGGCAUAUACUAAACGGUUUAUUAACCUCGUUUUGCUCGGUCUGUACGGGAAAGUAUUUGCCUUCGGUUUAUCUGCACAGACCUCAUUUUCGUCGCUCGAUCAGUCUGUACGAAAACCUCAGGCAAAUACUUUCCCGCAGUGGCGGCGGAACAGGGGGCUAGGAGGGCUUUAGCCCCCCCCCACAAGUAAAAGUGGGGGGGAGGCUUAGUCCCCCCCCAAAAAAAAAAAAAAUGUCCGGAAAAAUUUUUUGGUUUAUGUCCGAAAAAAAAGUGGCAACGGGGGGUAGGAAGAGAAAAUUUUAAUCACGAAAAAAAUUUAGCCCCCCCCCCAAAUAAAAUAUGUUCCGCCGGCGCUGCUUUCCCGUACAGACCUCCUCUCGGUUAAUAACCCUUUAAUAUAAUAUGACCGAAAUGAAAUCGUCCCGGUUUGUCUUUGUCCCGAUUUCAUGUGAACGGGGCCUUAUUAGAUUUUUCCUUCGAAGUUAAAUCGCGAGUCGCAGUUUGUUGUUUGCAGUUUGUCGUUUAACGCAUAUUUUGGUUUAGUUUUCGAUGUUACGCAUCAAUGUGUGUAGAAGCAAUGGCAGGUGUACUUUCGAGUUUAUAAAUAAUUUUGCGGCACGUGUCUAAUGGUUUUCAAACUUAUUUAAUUUGGAUACAUGUCUAGUUUUUAAAAUAUCAUGUCCGUGCGGAAUAACACACUCAAAUUAAAACAUAAAUAAUGCAAAACGCAAAAAUAUGGCGGCUCUGCAUGCAUGCAUGCAUGUAUGCAUGUAUGUAAAACACGAAGCGCACAAGUAGCACUUGAAUUUCGGCGCACAAAAGGCAUUUGAAAAACUUAAUAAUCUUUAAGUAUAGCAAAUUAAAAAAAUUAUGGUUAUAUAAACAAAUCAACUAAAUCACUGAAACGUGAGAUAAAUCACUUUUAAUAAAGAAAUUGAAACGCUUGAGGGAUUUACACUAUACGACAACGUAUAGGAGAGUUAUGUGCUUGAUUUACACAGUACAAUUCAAGUUGUAUAUAAGCAGGUUGUAUCCGACAGUUUUAGCCGGAAAAAGUUGAAAAGCACGUAAAUCGGCUUUUACGGGAAAAGUCGCACGAUUCGCGCCCCAUGCAUGCGGCCGUCAAAAUGCGUAAAUAUAUGGCAAACGCAAUUGCAUGCCAGACAUAUAAUCACGAGGUUCCUUCCAGUUUGCAGUUUUACGUUUCAAACGAAAAACCUGAAAUCUAAAUGUCGCUGAUUAUGGAGGGUUCCAUCUCACUUGCCAAGAGGAAAUUACAACUUCAUGUAUUGCUAAAACUAGCACUUGCAACUCCCCUCUAUAAUAGCACUAUUUUUUAACCUUAUUAUUACAUUUUUUAUCUUAUUUAAGCCAGAUAUGGAUAUAGAUAGAUAGAAAGAUAGAUAAAUAGAUACUGAGAUAGUUUGUUUUUUUCAUUGUUCUUCUAGAUUAUUUAUAUACAAAAUGUUUUUUAAAUUAUUUUGUCUAACGUUUUUAUUUCCUCUACGGAAACAAUUUUCAUGACGGUUUAUUAUAACUAUGUUCAUCUUGCGUCAGCUGGAUGAUUGCGUGGUUUUUCUCGCAUGCUUCAGGGCGCUGUAAAACACGGGCGGUGAAACGGCUAUGGCGCCCCUGAUCUAUGUGUGAUGCAGGUCCCCCCGCAUAUUUUCAUUUUUAUUCGAUGCCUGGUUCGAUCAGGCAUGUUUGUUUUGACUUAUUUUUAAAGGUGAUCUACAGUCCGUAUGUAAACAAGGCCUUUGUGAGAGCCCACACUUCCCGCCAUGAAAAUAAUUUGUAUUAUCAUUCACUUUAUAGUAUUCUCAAUUUUGAUUGAUUAAUUUACCUACAAAUAACUGUGUAAAAAUAUCGAUCAGGUGCAAAUAACUGGUGCAAAUACUUCAUUGAGCAUGCGCACUUUGAAAAUAAUUCGUCAGCUUAAGAUGGCUCGAUACACUUUUCAAAAUUUCAGGUCUUCAACCAUGGAUAAUAAAAUACAUAGAUAGGAAACUAGCUGACGUGACCUAAUGUUUUCAAUGGGAUGAUGGCGUUGAAACCUAGUUGCAAGCCAAAUUCUCAAAAACGGCAUGCUUAGCGAUAAUACAGCUAUAAACAUUUUAGUCAAAGAGCAAAUAAAUAUAACUAGGCCAUUCCACGAUGAAAUCUCUAAGUAUUCCCGGUCAAUUUUAGCAAAUAUUUCAAGCACUAAACAGUGAAAAAUGCAUCAUUCGCAAAUUUCGUUAAAAUUGGCGACGCCAAUUUCGUAGCUACAAAUGUAAAAAAUGGCAAAACAAAGACGAAAAACAUUUACCUUGCGCAUGAAUACUUUGUCGUGGCUUAGGCAUGUUUUUAAAACAAUUAGACCAGUUUAUGCUUCAAUAUUACUCUUUUAAAGCGGAAAAUAUUUACUUACGCAACAACAUUCCGUUGCAAUUUGCUUACGCAACAACAUUCCAUAUGUUGAACGAAGAAGCAUUGUGUCUUGAGAUCAGAAAACCAAAAAGUAAACCAGUGUUAGUUUCUUCCUGGUACCAUCCACCAGAUUCGAAUAUUGAAUUGCUUGAAUGCUUGGAAAAAUUUUUGAAAAAAAUUGACGAUGAAAAUAAGGAAAUAAUUAUAUAUAACCGGUGACUUUAACUGCGAUCUGUUAAAAAAGGAUUGUGUCAAUCCUAACAUUAAAAAGAUGAAAGAGUUCAUAGACAUUUAUCAACUUCCGAACAACAUAUUGAUAAACCAAGUAGAACAACCAACUAUUCCCAGGCUCUUACUGAUCUCAUACUCACUAAAAUUGAAGACAAUAAAACAAUUGAUUCUGGGGUAAUUGAACUGGGCAUAAGUGAUCAUAGCCUGUUCACGCCUAUUGGCCUCGUUUCAAUGUUUGGUGACGACCAACCCACGCGCCUUCAAUACUUGUAUUUGGGGACUGUAUAUUAAAUGUUACAUGAAGUACACACCACUCACAAUAACGUCUUAACGAACGGUUUUAUUUUUCACGCUAAAAAGACAAAUAUUCAUAAACUUAUAAAGCGAAAUAAUACAGAAAUACCAAAACAUACAUAUUAACCUUACACAAUACAUAAAUGAAUAAACUGAGACUGUCUAAAUUAAAAUAUUACGACUGUCACAUGCACUGAAAUAAAUCAGUCAAAUUAUGCCCAUUUUUACCGUUCAAAAACAGUCAAAAUCUUCUUCGAUCAAGCCAACCAACAAAGCAAUACAGAAAUUACAAUAAUAAUAAGUUUUCUCAAUCAAAAACGUCCAAAACAGCGUGCAAAGCGACCAACAUUCUUUCACAACAACUCAGAUCUCUCAAAACGUCACGACACGGUUUUUCCUGAGCCCGUCCAUAGCCUGAUUUAUAUAUACAGGAAAAUAAGUAUCCCUAAGGGAAAACCUAAGCUAAUAGAGAAAAGACAAUUCAGGUACUUGAACUCGACUGAUUUCCAAAACAAUCUUAGAGAAGCAUUUAGUAAUUUCAAUCAUUACACAGAUCCCAACUUAGCAUGGCAUCAAUGGAAAGGGAUAUUCCUUCAAAUCGCUGAUAAUCAUGCACCCCUGCGAUUAAAAGAAGUAAUUAAAGAGCGAAUAUACCCCAUGGCUAACUAACGAAAUUAAAAACAUGAAUUGUCACAGGGACUUUUUAAAAAAGAAAGCAGAAGUCUUAAUUCUCCAGCGUCCACGAAGCAUAUAAAAAAUGUAUAAAUGAAGUAAACCGUCGUAUCAAAGUCGCUAAACUAAAUUAUUACAAAGCGAGUUUGGAGAAUAGUACUAAUAGCAAGGAUAGCUGGAAAAUUAUAAAUGAAUUACUGAAUAAGAAAUCAAUGACUACCUCUAUAAAUGAAUUUAUAAUUAACCACGACAAGAUAACAGGUGACAAAAACAUUGCAAACGAAUUUAAUUACUUUUUCUGUAAAAUAGGACCACAACUUGCAGAAAAUCUACCCCUUACAUUAUGUGAUUCCUGGAACAAAUGCUUUCAAAUUUAAGAAUAUUACGAGGGCAGAAUUGGUGAGCGUGUUAUAGAAGGUUGAAGCAUCUAAGAAGCAUCUAAGGCACCACGCCUUGUAAGAUUUCUAUAGUAAAUUACUUAAAGCAGCAGGGGACUCCAUAAUUGAAUCACUCAUGUACUUAUUUAAUCUUGUUUUGAACACUGGUAUUUUUCCAGAUGAUAUGAAACUUGCAAAAGUUACUCCAAUCUAUAAAUCUGGAGAUAUGGCCAACUGUGGUCAUUAUAGACCUAUUUCUAUAAUAUCAGUUGUUGCAAAAAUCUUGCAGAAGAUUAUUUAUAAUCAAAUAUUUGACUUCCUGAAACAAAAUUCAAUUUUAGCGAACCAACAAUCAAGCUUUCGUCCUUUUCACUCAACCGAAACUACACUCCUACAUUCCGCUAACCAAUGUCUUAUCAAUAUGGACAAAGCUAGGUCUGAUUAAUGGCUUUUUAAUAAUUAUAGGCCUCAAAAAAGCUUUUGGCACUGUUGACCAUAAAAUUCUAAUUUCUAAGCUAGAACUAUACGGAAUAUCAGAGGAGCCGCUUUACACUUAUUUCAAUCUUAUCUCUCUGAAAGAGAACAAAUAUGUAAACAUGAUUUUUGUCGGUGUUGGUGUUAUGUACUCAGGUGAAUAUGAUGUUUGUGGUGUUACUCUGAGUGCAUAUCCAGACCGGGCAAGCUUAAAAAAUAUGCCUGGCCACGGUGGGAAUCGAACCUAUGACCUUUGGAAUACUAGCACAAAGCUCUGCCAACUGAGCUACGCCGGCGGUCAGGUCGGUUCGAGUAUGUGAUAAAUCGGAACUGAGUCUAGUUCCUUCGAUAUCAAUGCAAUCUAGUAAUCAUGAUUUUUGUCUGUGUUGGUGUUAUGUACUCAGGUGAAUAUGAUGUUUGUGUCUUUGUGAUGUUACUCUGAGUGUGUAUCCACACCGGGCAAGCUUCAAAAAUAUGCCUGGACACGGUGGGAAUCGAACCUACGACCUUUGGAAUACUAGCCCAUGUAAAUAUGUAAACUUCAAAAUAUAAUGUCAGAAGUUGCUAAUGUAACUUGCGGUGUUCCCCAGGGAUCACACCUUGGCCCAUUACUCUUUCUGUUAAACAUUAUGAGGAAUUGGUGGAAAAAAUUGCCAAAUAAUAUGAAGCCUAUGCUGCCUGCCGACUGGAAUGCUUGUAAAGCUGCUGGUUUGUUAAAACCAAGAAGGGGGACGCGCGGCGGAAGCAACAAUCGACUGACGAAUCACAUCCAAAUGUAGUUAGACCCAGGAACAAGGUCAAGGAUAAUAAAUACUUUUGCUCGAAAGAUUGGAAGGAAUCGAAAAAAAAACUAUCGAAACUUAUUAUAUAUUCAAACGGAAAACACUGCUUCGACAAAAACUAAGUAUAAUAACAUAGGAUCCCAUGGGAGACCGCAUUUUGUCUCAUCUAUUCUCCUAUCAAAUACCAUGUCAUUAGCACCUAAAGUUGAUGAAAUAGCUUACACCCUAGAGCAAGAAAACAUCGAUCUUGCAUUAUUUAGUGAAACAUGGUUGAAAGAAACUGUCCCUGAUAAGUCGAUAAAUAUUAAAGACGCGAUCGCAAAGAGAAGGCCCACGGAGGGGUUUGCCUGUAUGUGAAGGAUUUUAUUCCGUGUAAUAUAUUGCUUGAGUUUACAAAGUGACGAACACGAAGUGCUAUGGGCAGAUCUAAGACCAAACCGUUUACCGCGAGGUUUCUCUAAUAUCAUUCUAGCUGUGGUUUAUCACCCCCCUAAUGCAGAUGAUAUGACCAUGCGUGAAUAUUUAAAGUCCUCCUUAGAGGAAGUAGAGUCUAAAUUUCCCAAUAGUGCAAUUAUCUUGGCGGGAGAUUUCAAUUAAUAAGCUUAACAUAAGAGUAGAUGCUAACGCUUUUCAACUGAAGGCUAUUGUUAAAUUUCCAACAAGAGGUAGUAAUAUUCUCGACCAGAUUUAUACCAACUUACAAAAUUACUACCAAAAACCAUCCAGUUUACCACCUUUUGGUCUAUCUGAUCACACGUCACCAUUACUGUUUGCCCUAGGACGCGCGAGAAUACCAAAUCACAAAGAAAGACCAUUAGGAUUAGAGAUAAAAGACCCAGCAAUAUCUCUAGCCUCGGCCGUUAUUUGAUUAAUGUCCCUUGGGAGGGUAUGCUGUCACCUUGUCAGACUUGUGAUGAAAAGCUUACGAUAGUAACGAGGAUCAUUAACUAUGGUCUAAAUACAUCAUGCCUGAGAGGUCUAUUCGAAUCCAUCAAACAGAUCGUCCUUGGAUGACAAGUAAUUUGAAACUGUUGAUCAGACAGAGACAAAGAGCAUUUGUAAAUGGUAAUAUUACCUACAAACUUUUAAGAAAUAAAGUAAACAGAGAAAGAAAACAUUGCAGGAAAAUCUACUAUAACAACAAAGUGAAGGACCUACAGCAGACCAAGCCUCGGGACUGGUGGAGAGAGGUGAAGCAACUAUCUGGCUCAACUAGAACCUAUCGUCCAAGUCUGCGGUCUAUUAUAAAAAACGAAGACAAUCUUACUGACCCAGAACUUGCUAAUAAAAUAAAUAAAGCUUUUAUUAGUGUCAUGAAUGAUUAUAUGCCAUUGUCGGAAGAAGUGGUUGUUUUCAUUGGUGACGACGAACCUAUUAUAGUGACGGAGGAAUCAGUGGCGCUGAAAUUAAGACAAAUCAGCACCAACAAAGCAAGUGGGCCUGAUUAUAUUCCCAACUGGGUGCUCAAAGAAUACGCCGACAUACUCGCGCCUGCUGUUGCGGAAAUAAUUAACACCUCUUUUCAGGAGU